CGCCAUCUUCAUGUCCUCGCCGACGUAUUCUGUCACGUCACCGCCGCCGCCGGCGUUGGGCGCGACCGGGACCGCACCACGCAUCAUCGAUUAUCGCUCGUCAUGCGCUCUAUUCCCACCGCGUAUCGCCAUAGCAAAAUCGUUUCUCGUCUGCAUCCUCGUCCCCUGUGCUCCGUUGAGCCCCACUUUGGACCUGGUCGCCCUGGCAAUCUUUCUCAUCUCGCACGUACCCUUGUGCUCAUCGUCUCCGGAUCAAGGACCUGCGACACCCCAGGGAUGUUUGCAGACGGUCGGAAUUCCCCGUGUGCGCAGAACGCCGAAACAUCUCCCGUCCGCAAAUCUCGACGGCUUUGUCCACUCCGUGCGGGCCCGCUUCACAACACCCACAGCUAUGCGCCGGCACCCGACGCUUCUAGGGUACGCAGCCUACGUCCUGCACGACAUCUAA